AUGAAUCUUCUUACUAUUGCAUUGACAAUCCCCUUGCUGGGGAAAGGUGUACUGGCAUUGAAUGCAGCCGAAUGGCGCAAUCAAUCGAUUUACUUUCUCAUGACGGACCGAUUUGCCCGGACAGAUGGCUCCACCACUGCCGCUUGCGAUGUCGGACAACGUGGGUAUUGCGGCGGAACUUGGCAAGGCAUCAUUGAUCACCUCGACUAUAUCCAAGGCAUGGGGUUUACCGCUAUCUGGAUCACGCCAAUUGUCGAGCAAAUCCCGCAGACAACACCCGAGGGAACAGGGUUCCACGGGUACUGGCCUCAGAAUAUAUAUAAUGUCAAUCCGCAUUUUGGCACCGCCGAUGAUAUUCGGGCAUUGUCCAAGGCUCUUCAUGACCGGGGAAUGUACUUGAUGAUGGACGUUGUGGCCAACCACAUGGGGUUCAACGGCCCUGGUACCUCAACAGACUUUAGUACCUUUACACCUUUCAAUUCAGCGUCCUACUUCCACUCCUACUGCCCCAUCAACAACUAUGAUGAUCAAUGGCAGGUGGAAAAUUGCUAUCUCGGAGAUAGCGUGGUCUCUCUGACUGAUCUGAAUACACAAAGCUCGGCAGUGAGGGAAAUAUGGUAUGACUGGGUGAAGGAUCUCGUUGCAAAUUACUCCGUCGACGGACUUCGCAUCGACACCGCCAAGCAUGUCGAGAAGGACUUUUGGAGUGGCUACACGCAGGCUGCUGGAGUCUAUUCUGUUGGUGAAAUUCUCCAUGGAGAUCCUGCAUAUACCUGUCGUUACCAGGGUUACUUGGACGCUGUCAUGAACUACCCAAUAUACUACCAACUCGUUAACGCUUUCAAAUCCUCGAGUGGUAGCAUCAGUAGCCUUUCAAAUAUGAUCAGCUCGGUCGCUUCUAACUGCAAGGAUCCCACUCUCCUUGGGAAUUUUGUCGAGAACCAUGACAAUCCCCGAUUUCCAAGUUAUACCAGCGACAUAUCCCAAGCCAAGAGCGUGAUUGCCUAUAUAUUCCUCACUGACGGCAUUCCUAUCAUUUACUCGGGCCAAGAGCAACAUUAUUCCGGUGGCGCGGAUCCAUACAACCGUGAAGCUCUGUGGCUUUCUGGAUAUUCCACCAACUCGGAACUCUACAAGUUCAUCGCCACGACAAACAAGAUCCGCAGACUUGCCAUCUCAAAGGAUUUGAACUAUCUCCCGGCCAGGAACAAUCCCUUCUACACAGAUAGCCACACUAUCGCGAUGAAAAAGGGCUCCGGAGGCUCCAACGUCAUCACGGUCCUGACGAAUUCCGGCUCCAACGCCGGCUCGUACACUCUCAACUUGAACAGCCAUGGGUAUUCGUCCGGCUCAAGAUUGACUGAGUUGUACACGUGCUCUUCCGUCCAAGUCGACUCAAACGGCAACCUACCUGUCCCAAUGGCAUCUGGUCUCCCUCGUGUGCUCGUUCCAGCCGCUUGGGUAUCUGGAAGCGGACUAUGCGGCGGUUCGGCCACCUCUAGCCUGGCCACCCCGACAGUGUCUUCUACCUCUACUGGCACCUGCGCUCCCUCCACGACGCUUCCAGUCGUUUUCAAUGAGCGGGUGGCCACCUCGUAUGGGGAGAAUAUCUUCAUUUCCGGUUCAAUCGACCAGCUUGGGAACUGGGACACUUCUAGAGCGGUUGCACUGUCUGCUAGCGGAUACACCUCUUCGAACCCGGUGUGGAGUGUGAAGCUGGAUUUGCCUGCCGGUACCCAUUUCCAGUACAAAUUCAUCAGGAAGGGGCAGGAUGGGAGUGUUAUAUGGGAAAGUGACCCUAAUCGAUCGUAUACUUUGCCUAGCGGGUGUGCUGAGACCGCAAUAAGCAUCGUUGAUUCGUGGAGAUAA